CACUCGGCUUGGCCAUGCAGUCCUGCGCGCGGUGGUGGGGGAGAAUGGUGGGCCGGGCUCCCAGAUGGGCUGCGAAGAGGGCGCCCGGGCAGCAGCCAAGGCUGGCCGGAGUCAGGAGCGCCUCCAGCAGCAAAGACAGCAAAGCCGCCGCCUCUUCUCCUUCAUCCUCCUCCCCGCACACCGUUCGGCACAUCGAGCGCCUCCUGCCCCGCCACGACGACUUCUCCGAGCGGCACAUCGGCCCCGGGGACAAAGAGAAGCGCGAGAUGCUCCAGACCCUGGAGGUGGCGAGCAUGGAUGAGUUGAUCGAUAAAACAAUCCCUGCCAAUAUCCGCUUGCGACGGCCUCUGAAGAUGGAUGACCAGAUAUGUGAGAAUGAAAUCCUUGAAACUUUGCACAAUAUUGCCAGCAAGAACAAGAUCUGGAGAUCCUAUAUUGGCAUGGGAUAUUAUAACUGUUCCGUUCCCCCAGCCAUUGUGAGGAAUCUGUUGGAGAAUGCAGGAUGGGUGACUCAGUAUACACCUUACCAGCCAGAAGUAUCGCAAGGCAGGUUGGAGAGUUUGUUAAAUUACCAAACCAUGGUGUGCGACAUCACAGGAAUGGAUGUGGCCAAUGCUUCUUUACUGGAUGAAGGGACUGCUGCAGCAGAAGCUAUGCAAUUAUGCCACAGACAUAAUAAGCGAAGGAAGUUUUAUGUUGACAUCAGAUGCCAUCCGCAGACAAUAGCAGUGGUGCAGACUAGAGCAAAUUAUACCGGCAUAACUGUUGAGUUGAAGUUGCCCCAUGAGAUGGACUUCAACAAUAAAGAUAUCAGUGGAGUGCUGUUUCAGUACCCAGAUACAGAGGGAAAAGUGGAAGACUUCACUGGACUGGUGGAUCGAGCUCAUCAGAACGGGACUCUUGCCUGCUGUGCCACUGACCUGUUAGCCCUGUGCGUCUUGAGGCCUCCUGGAGAAUUUGGUGUAGAUGUGGCCCUGGGGAGCUCCCAGAGGUUUGGGGUGCCUCUUUGCUAUGGAGGGCCACAUGCAGCCUUUUUUGCAGUUAAGGAGAAUCUGGUGCGAAUGAUGCCUGGGCGAAUGGUGGGAGUCACAAGGGACGCUACUGGGAAAGAAGUAUAUCGACUUGCAUUACAAACCAGAGAACAGCAUAUCAGAAGGGAUAAAGCCACAAGCAACAUCUGUACUGCUCAGGCUCUUCUGGCUAAUAUGGCUGCUAUGUUUGGAGUCUAUCAUGGUGCUAAUGGAUUAAAACACAUUGCAAGGAGGGUGCACAAUGCCACUUUAAUCUUAGCUGAAGGUUUAAAGAGAGCUGGCCAUAACCUUAAACAUGACCUAUUUUUUGAUACCUUGAAAAUUCAGUGUGGAUGUGGCACCCAAGAGGUCUUGGACAGAGCAGCUCAGAGACAAAUAAACCUGAGGAUUUACAGUGAUGGUGCACUUGGAGUAUCGCUUGAUGAAACUGUAACGGAAAAAGAUCUGGAUGACCUAUUAUGGAUCUUUGGCUGCGAAUCUUCUGCUGAACUGGUUGCAGAGAGCAUGGGUGAAGAAACAAGAGGCCUUUUUGCUACUGCAUUUAAAAGAACAUCAACAUUCCUAACACAUAAAGUAUUCAACAGCUAUCACUCUGAAACAAACAUUGUUCGGUAUAUGAAAAGAUUAGAAAACAAAGAUAUUUCCCUUGUUCACAGCAUGAUUCCCUUGGGAUCCUGUACAAUGAAGUUGAAUAGUUCAUCAGAACUUAUGCCUAUUACAUGGAAGGAAUUUGCCAAUAUCCACCCCUUUGUGCCACUAGAUCAGGCUCAAGGCUACCAGCAGCUUUUCAAGGAACUGGAGAAGGAUCUGUGUGAGAUCACCGGUUAUGACAAAAUUUCUUUUCAACCAAAUAGUGGGGCUCAAGGUGAAUAUGCUGGACUGGCUGCAAUCAAGGCAUAUUUAAAUGCAAAAGGAGAAUGGCAGCGAAGUGUUUGUCUUAUUCCUAAAUCUGCCCAUGGUACUAACCCAGCAAGUGCUCAGAUGGCAGGGAUGAAAAUUCAGCCAGUGGAAGUAGAUAAAAAUGGAAACAUUGAUGCUGGCCAUCUUAAGGCAAUGGUGGAUAAGCACAAAGAAAACCUAGCAGCCAUCAUGAUCACAUAUCCAUCCACUAAUGGUGUCUUUGAAGAGGAAAUCAGUGAAUUGUGUGACUUAAUUCACAAACACGGAGGCCAAGUUUACCUAGAUGGAGCAAAUAUGAAUGCCCAGGUUGGCCUGUGUCGUCCUGGAGAUUAUGGGUCAGAUGUCUCCCAUUUAAAUCUUCACAAAACUUUCUGCAUUCCUCAUGGAGGAGGAGGACCUGGCAUGGGACCAAUUGGAGUGAAGAAGCAUUUGGCUCCUUUCCUGCCUAGCCACCCGGUCAUUGCGUUGCAGCAUGACAAAGCUUCCAGCCCGUUAGGAACAAUUAGUGCUGCCCCUUGGGGAUCUAGUGCUAUAUUGCCCAUUUCGUGGGCUUAUAUCAAGAUGAUGGGAGGAAAAGGCCUUAAGCAUGCAUCUGAGAUUGCAAUACUCAAUGCUAAUUAUAUGGCAAAGAGACUAGAGAAGCACUACAAAAUCCUCUUUAGAGGAGCCAGAGGGUAUGUAGCUCAUGAAUUUAUAUUGGACACCCGACCUUUCAAGAAAACUGCAAAUAUUGAAGCUGUAGAUGUUGCUAAGCGGCUGCAGGAUUAUGGAUUCCAUGCGCCAACAAUGUCUUGGCCAGUAGCAGGGACUCUUAUGAUUGAACCAACAGAGUCUGAAGACAAGGCAGAACUCGACAGAUUUUGUGAUGCAAUGAUCAACAUACGACAAGAAAUUGCUGAUAUAGAAGAAGGGAGAAUGGAUGCUAGAAUUAAUCCAUUAAAGAUGUCACCACAUACCUUGACAUGCAUUGCUGCUCCUAAAUGGGAUCGUCCUUAUUCUAGAGAAGUAGCAGUUUUUCCUCUGCCAUUUGUGAAGCCUGAAAAUAAAUUCUGGCCUACAAUUGCUAGAAUCGAUGACAUCUAUGGAGAUCAGCACCUGGUUUGUACCUGUCCACCAAUGGAAGUCUAUGAAUCACCGUUUGCUGAGCAGAAGAGAGCAUCAUCUUAGUGUCUGCCUCCCUUCAUCCUCUCCAAUUGCCCUUUUUUUCCCCUCUUGAAACGACUGGGCUUAAAUCUCCCUCUCUACAUUUCCAUUAAACAAGAUGGAUGGAUUUCUUUCCGCCCAGUGAGCAAACUUUAUAUACAAUGUAUAUUUUAAAGAUCUUUAUGCUGUUAAAUUCUUGUGCAGCUACCUGUAAAUAUACUUGUAUCAGGGGGAAACACACCAACGUGAUGCAGUGCCUCAGUUUCUCCAGCUGUCCUUGCUGAUGUGGCCUUCACCUGCUCAGAACCAGAGCUGCUUCACUGCUUCACAAUUUAAGGAUUACAGGGGUGUGAAUAAAAUAAAAAGGUGUCUUAAGCUGUCAUGGCAGUGCCUCUUCUCCUUGGAGCACUCUAUGGUAAAGGGCAUCUCCACUUGAUUUUGAAAGUGUGUGUACUCCUCUAACCUUUUGGGGGUUCAAAUUAGUGAGUAAAAUGUAUUUAAUAUUCACUUUGUAUAAAAUGAAGACACAGAGCACAGACCAACAUACUGUUAAAACAAGCUCCGCUAAACCUCUCUCAGUAUUAGACUGUGGUCAUAGAUUAUGGGUGUUUAUAGCAAUUUUCUUACCUCUAGCAGUAAUAAUUGUAAUAUUAAACAUUUUCCGUUUUUGAACUCCAAAUGUUUGCAUUCCAAUAAAAAUUACUGGAUUCCAUA